GUGUUUAGGAAUGGCAACUCAAACUUACAAUAACCAUAUAUACAGGAAUAUUCUGAUGCCUGUACGCAUAUAAACACUAUAUUGGGAAUAUGGCUGCAAUCCGAUUAUAGACCUUAAACUGAAUAUUGAUGCGAAUGUAAACGUAGCCACAGAGUGUUUACGCUGCCGGUCACGUGACCCUGGUAUUUGACGCUCGGGUUCCGGAGCAGUGAAUCGACUCAUCGCCGGUUGAAGGCUGCUGUUGCUUCUUGCUUCACAGCUGCGAUGUGGAAAUGUUGCUGAAUGUUUUUGGCAGGAACAGUCGUCUGAAUUCGUGUAUUUACCGCUGAAAAUAUAAUGAGCGUUUGUGUGUUUGUAUAGUCACCUCGUAGUCGCACCGCUAGUGAACUUUCUGUUGUAGUGUCGUUACUUUAACGGCUAAAAUGUCGGCUUCGGAAGGAGCCAAAAACACGAAUACGGAACCGUGGGGUGGUUUUGAUGACAACAUUGUGAUUCAGGGCAGUGGCUCGGCAGUUAUAGACAUGGAGAACAUGGACGACACGUCUGGCUCCAGCUUUGAGGACAUGGGAGAGAUGCACCAGCGUAUGAAGGAGGAGGAGGAGGUGGCAGCCGAGGCCGCGGCUACUGAGGAUGACACUGGAGAAGAUGGAGAGUUCCUCGGCAUGAAGGGUCUUAAAGGCCAGUUAGGAAGACAAGUCGCCGAUGAGGUUUGGAAAGCAGGCAAGCGGCAGGCCUCAAAAGCAUUUAACCUGUAUGCUAACAUCGACAUCCUCCGACCUUACUUUGACGUUGAGCCUAUUCAAGUGAGAAACAGAUUAAUUGAAUCCAUGAUUCCACUCAAAAUGAUCAAUUUUCCACAGAAAAUUGCUGGGGAGUUGUAUGGACCAAUGAUGCUGGUGUUCACUCUGGUGGCCAUCCUGCUUCAUGGCAUGAAGACUUCGGGAACUGUUAUUAGAGAGGGCACACUGAUGGGAACUGCCAUUGGGACAUGUUUUGGCUACUGGCUUGGAACAUCCUCCUUCAUCUAUUUCUUGGCUUACCUUUGCAAUUCUCAGAUCACCAUGCUCCAGAUGUUGUCUUUGCUGGGCUAUGGUCUGUUUGGCCACUGCGUGGUCCUUUUCGUCACCUACAAUGUCCACUUUCACUCCCUGUUCUAUAUUCUAUGGCUGGUAAUCGGAGGACUUUCUACACUUCGGAUGGUGGCUGUGCUGAUUUCCCGUACUGUGGGUAAAACUCCUCGUCUCAUUUUGUGUGGCACACUGGCAGCACUCCACAUGCUUUUCCUGCUCUACCUGCAUUUCGCCUAUCACAAGAUUGUUGAAGGUAUCCUGGACACCCUAGAAGGACCCAAUGUUCCCCCCAUUCAGAGAGUGGCCAGAGAUGUCCCUAAUGUGGCCACUGUUGUUGUGAAUUCCACAGUGAAAUCUGUGGCUGCAAUCAUACACUCGCAGUAAUCACUUGUUCUGAUGCUUUUCUCUUUGGACAAGGAAACGGGUUUGGGAGUAAAUGAACUGGGCACAGGAGAGUAACAAAGGGAGUUCGUAUCUAGCACCUCGGCUAGGAGUCAGUCCAGCUAUCAGUUAAAUACAACACAUAUGACACGAUGACCGACAUAAGUUAUGGUCAUGUGGUGGUAUAAUUUGAUCUUGACCCGAGUAGGCUUAGACAAAAAAGGUUUGCCAAACCAUUCCCUAUCAUCACUGCACAUGGGUCUUAACUAUAAGUUCCCUGAGAUCAUCUGCUGUUGAAAACCUUGUUAGGCAACAGGAAAAUUUGCUCUAAGUUGCCAUUAUUGGCAUGGGACACACAAUUGUUUGUAUAAAAUGGCAACACUAAAGACUCAUUCAUGUAAGUAAAGUGCCCUGAACUUUGCCUCAUGUGAGUGAUGCAUCACCACAUGCACUUAUUCAUUUAAAGUUUAAAGUAGGGGCUAGAACUUUGUAACAGGUGAAUUUUAUUUCACCUGCAAUUUACCAGUUUUAUAAACACCAUCUCAUGUCUACUAUUGGGCUUUUUCUAACUGUGUGAAUUUGUGAGAAAUACCUUAAAAAUAACAGAAGCUACUCUUGCAAAUAUGAUUCUUGUUAGGACAACGCUAUUUAUUAUGAUAUUAAAGCUAUUGGGAAAUUAGAAGAAUCCUGUACCCUGCACCUUCAAUAGAUAGUAAUCUUUAAUUUAAAUUUAAUUGGAUUAUAAAUAUGGAGUUGUAACUGAAAAUUGAGACACUGUUAGACAGUGUUAUUUAAUUAGUCAUUCUAGCUAAAGAUUCCUAAUAUUUCUCUAGUUUACACACAUAGUUAUCAUUUCUGGCUGAUAAACCUUGGUAUCAUUUAUUCUAAAAGAACAUGUUUGAUUGGGCAGACAUCUUUGAGAGAAUUCUAAAUCCACCAUUAAUUAUUUCUAAAUAAACCUGCUUAUACUGUAAAUUUAAAAUUUGCAGCAGAUAUUCUGCAGAAUUUCUGCAGAUCUUGGAGGUCCACUGAAAAUGAAAUCUGUAAAACUGGCUGUGGGUUUUUUUUUUUUUCCCUUGGUAUUAUUAUUUGAUCAAAGAAAAAAAAAUGUUUAUUGGUCUAAAAGAUUUUUACAUAUUGUUUGUCAACUUCUUAAUUCAUUUCCAAAAUCCCAACUUUGAUUAAUACUGCAGAUAUGAAACAUGAGGACUAAGAGUUUUUUUUUUUUUUUUCAAGCAGAAAAAUA